AUGAAAGAAGAAGACGAAGAAAAAACUGCAUUCCGCACCGACAAAGGCAUCUACUGCUACACAAAAAUGCCGUUUGGGUUGCGCAACGCAGGCGCAACGUAUCAACGCCUAAUGGACACAAUUUUCAGCGAGGAUAUUGGCAAAACUGUCGAAGUAUACAUGGAUGACCUCGUCAUCAUGAGCCAUGAGGAGGAGACAAUGCUCAACAAUAUCCAGCGCACGUUCGAUUCAUUACGAAGCGUAAACUUAAAAUUGAACCCGACAAAGUGCUCCUUCGGCAUGGAAGAAGGAAAGUUUUUGGGUUUCAUAGUCACAAAAGACGGUUUUAAGGUUAAUCCAGAGAAGGUGCAGACCAUUCAGCUAAUGCCAUCACCGGCAACAGUCAAGGAAAUGCAAAGACUCGCCGGACGAUUAGCAGCUCUGAAUAGAUUUUUGGCCAACCAUGCGGCAAAAUCUUAUCCAUUUAUCAGUACACUGCGAAACUGCGGAAAGAAAACUCCCUUUCAAUGGACACCUGAAGCGGAAGCAACAUUCAAGCAAAUGAAAGAGUAUUUAAUCCAAUUACCAACGCUGACUGCGCCAAAAGAAAAAGAACCAUUAAUCUUAUAUCUGUCAGCCGCGGAGGUAGCAGUAGGCGCGGUACUAAUGGUAGAACGGGAAAAUAUCCAGACUCCAAUCUACUACAUCAGCAAAAUGCUCACCGGCCCUGAAACUCGUUACUCAGUGAUAGAAAAACUAGUUCUAGCACUAGUACACGCAUCCAGGCGUUUGCGCAGGUAUUUUUCAGGCCAUAUCAACACAGUACUGACAAAUUAUCAUUUGGGCCAAAUCUUGUCAAAACCCGACAUAGCGGGGAGAUUAGCUAAAUGGGCCAUUGAGCUAGGAGGCUACAACAUUUUUUACAAACCAAGACCUGCAAUCAAAGGGCAGGUUCUAGCAGACUUCGCCACCGAAGUUCCCAUUGAUAAAGUACAAGAAUGUGAGGCAAUCCAGAACCCGACGCCUGUUUUUGACGACAGAAUCUGGACCUUACACACUGAUGGUGCUUCCAAUGACGACGGAGCAGGAGCAGGUCUCCGAUUAGUCAGCCCGGAUAAUCACGAACUCACAUAUGCUAUCCGCUUAGAUUUUCAAAGUACCAACAACGAAGCGGAAUACGAAGCAUUUUUAGCAGGUCUUCGUCUAGCACUCAAAAUGGGAGCAAAAAAACUUGAAGCUAACGUCGACUCAAAACUAGUAGCUGAACAAGUUAACGGUCGUUAUGACGCGAAGGGCGAGGCUAUGGAGUUGUACCUUGAACAAGCACGGAUGCUAAUCAAUCAAUUUCAGACAUUCAAAGUCAAUCACAUAAACAGAAGCGAGAACAAGCAUGCUGACGCACUAAGCAAAUUAGCUGCUACUAGCUUUAAACACUUAGCAAAAGAAGUGCGCAUAGAGGUACUAUCCAACCCUUCCAUUCACCUGAAACAAGUAUGUGUCAUAGAGAUGGGAAAUCCGUCCUGGAUGUCUCCAAUUAUUUUGUAUCUUCAACACGGGAGGCUCCCGGAAGGAAAGGCAGAAGCCCGAAAAAUACAACACAAAGCAAUAAACUACGAGAUGGCGGAUGGCGUCCUUUAUCGGAAAUCAUUCAUGGGUCCAUUACUACGUUGUGUUGAUAAAACAGAUGCUCAGUAUCUGGUUAGAGAGAUCCACGAGGGAUUAUGCGGGAUACACGCAGGACCGCGCAUGGUCGUGGCAAAAAUAAUGAGCGCCAGAUACUACUGGCCAGGAAUGCACAUGGACGCAGUUGAUCUAUUGCGAAGGUGCGAGGCAUGCCAACGCCAUGCACCAAAGACACUUAGACCCAAAAAUCCGCUAAUUCCAGUUACUUCCGCCUGGCCAUUCCAACAGUGGGGCAUUGAUCUUGUUGGCCCAUUUCCUGAUGCGCCGGGUGCAGUAAAAUUCAUCAUCGUUGCGGUGGAUUACUUCACAAAAUGGGUGGAAGCUAAAGCUUUGGCCUCAACAACAGCAAUGGUAAUCCGCAAAUUCAUAUGGGAACAUAUCAUUUGCAGAUUUGGGUUGCCAUUGCGCAUUAUUUCUGACAAUGGUACAAACUUUGCCGCGGAAGACCUUCAAAAAUGGUUCAAAGAAAUGAACAUUGAGCACAACUUCGCUUCCGUCGCGCAUCCUCAAGCGAAUGGCCAAGUGGAAAGCAUAAACAAACAAAUCGUUGACGGUAUAAAAGCGCGACUUGGGACAGCGCGCAGAGGGUGGGUUGACGAACUUCCCAACAUCCUCUGGGCACAUCGAACAAUGCCAAAGACUAGCACUGGAGAAACCCCGUUCAGUCUAGUCUAUGGGUCAGAGGCUGUCAUUCCAGCUGAAAUAGGCCUCCUUCACCGCACAUGUUGGCUAUGGAGAAGCAGAAUAACGAACAAGAACGGAGGCUGGAUUUAG